AUGGUGUGCGCGCCGGCCGCGUGCGCCUCCGCCAUCUCUACUGGCGCGCUCGUCGUGCUGGCCGCGGCCGCGCGCCCGCAACAGCCCAUGGACAUACGCCUGCGCGCCGCCGCAGGGCUCGCCGCCAUCGCCGCGUGGUCCGGGCCCAGAUGCGCCGUGCAGAUCGUCGAGACGGAGCACGUUGUCGCAUCCAUGACCGCCUUGCUGAGUGAGACCGAUGACCGCAUACCUGCCGACCUGCGCUCUGCUACCAUUGAUGGGUUGGUCGUCAUGUCGUUUCGGAGGCAUGCGCGGCGCAUCUUGCAGAAUCAUGGCGCGGAGGCGAAGAUCAAGGCCGCAGCGAGGCAUGCCACCGUGUCUGGCGACUUUGCAGCUGCAGCGAGGAGCACCGUCGCCGCUGGUCAGAUCUCGGGCCGCUCUAUUGAUGAGUACGGCUUCCUUGUCGAGGACGAGGCCGUGCGGAAGGCCCGAAAUCGCCACUCGAGACAAAACCGCGCUUCCGGUCACGACGAUGACGAUGAUGAUGAUGAUGACGACGACGACGAUGACGAUGAGGACAAUGCCCGCCCGCGUCGCAGGAAGACGGGGCUCAUGCAGCUUCAGCAGCGCAUGCUGGAGGAGCCGUACACCUCAGUGGAAGAUCUUGACGGCCUUGAAGAAAUCGUCCACGAGGAGGCCGGCGUUCUCAGUUCUCCGCCGGGCGACCGCCAUUUCAUGCGUCACGCCGUGCGCACGUAUAGCAUGUCUGCUUGCGAAGUCGACGUCGUUGCCAACCUUGCGGACAAACUGGCAAACGCCGAUGACGACAUUCUCAAUCCCAACGUCCCGUCUGUGCCGAGCGCGUAUGCGCUCGAUGUGCAGGCGCUUGCGCAACGCUCAAUCGUCGGUGCGAAGGAAAACCGAAACACAGCCGCCUUGGGGUCCCCGGAAAAGCGGAGAGGCAUGGUGGACACAUCGGAAAUUCGCCCGGUCGUCGAAAGGCUUUCGGCAACCAUCCCUUCACCCAGCUCUAAGGUUGGAGGGUCGCAACGUGGUUCGCGGCCCCUGUCAGUGCCCAGCGCGUUGACAGAACGUCACUCCGGGUCGAGUUUGCGCCCGAACUCGCUGCUCACUCCGAUGCAAGACCCCGACUUUGAUCGAAACUUCCGGGAAGUGGAUGACGAAAGUGUUUCUUCCGCCGCAGGCGCGUCGAGCAAAUCUAAGCUCAUUUCGCCGCUGCUCAUGUUUUCCUCGGCCACGAAGAGGGCCGCAGAGAGGGACGGCAAGAAUAAUCAUUUGCAAAAGACAAACAGCCAGCUAACUCGCGAGACCGAAAAUGAGCGAGUGUGGAAAGAGGUCAUUGAAAAUCGUCCGGAUAUGCUGCAACGGGAGCGAGGCCGCUCAAGCCGUGUUGCCGCCUACCGUGAGCUUGCUCUGGUACCGGUGCCACCACCGAUGCGUCGCAAACUAUGGCCUAUUUUACUUAGCACCGCCGCUCUUCGGGAAGCAAAGCCAAAACUGUACUCAAAGCUAUGCAAGGGAGCGGACGAAGUCACGCUCCCUGAUGACAUUGAACACACGAUUGAAGUCGAUGUGACUCGAACCAUGCCGCUACAUUCUUUAUUCUGGGCUGGUGGUGCGCAAGUCGGGGUCCAAUCGCUUCGCUCAAUAUUAAGAGCUUAUGCCCGCUAUGUGCCGGAAGUGGGCUAUUGCCAAGGCAUGUCCUCCAUUGCAGCCGUGUUAGUAAUGAAUGCUGCAGAUGAAGAAGAGGCGUUUCUGAUGCUGGUUCAGUUUAUGAGCCGGUUUCAGUACAAGAAAGUGUUUGCGCCAGGUUUCCCCUUAAUGCUUCAGUGGAUUUCCGAGCUGAAGCCCCUGAUUGCGCACUACAUGCCCGAAUUGAGUGCACACUGCGACAGGGAAAAUGUUUCACUUGAGUUGUAUGCAGACGCGUGGCUCAUCACGGCUUUAUCACAUAACUUUCCACAUCGUCAUUUGCUCCGUGUAUGGGACCUAAUGUUCCUCGGCGGAAGCCCGAAGGUGAUCCUGAAGGCUUGCUUGGCAGUUUUGAGGCGAUGCGAAACCCGCUUAUUAACGAUGGACUUUGAAACGAUGAUGCCUUUCCUGCAACGAGGGUUUGCUGAACCCGAUGCCGGCGUGUUGGAUUCCAAGAAUCCAGAGCCAUUCAUUGCGAUGAUGAGAGAAUUUCGAUUCUUACCGGAUCUUCCCAAACCGCAAGUGGACACUUCGCCAAAUGCCAAGGGGUCGCCGUCCUCAGGAGGCGAACAACGGAAACGGAAAAGUGGAGGUUGUUUCCCGUGCUUUCGGCGAUCUCAAACUGUAGACUAAAUUGAUCUCACCUUGCCUGUGGUUUGUUAGAAACAAGGUAAGGAAGCGGUGCAAGGCUGAGGAGGCUGUAGCACCCUGUACACAUAAUGGACGUGGUCCAGAGUUACUUUGACUUGAUUGUUACUUGACACGAAUAAUCCCCACGACAUUCCAAAAAGCCUGUAUCUUUUGACUGUUU